AUGUCUGACUCAUUAAUUGCAUUAGCUCGAAAGGCUAGAUUUACUGACCUUCCCAGUUUCUCCGGACAACCAUCAGAGGACGUCGAACAAUUCCUGAGGAGUAUCAAGAGCCUAACAAAGAGUGAUACGGAAAUCACCGAUGCUCAGCGGUUGGAAAUUGUUCGAGGCAAAUUAACCCAGACGGCCGGUAAAUGGUUCGACGAUAAUGACUUUCAAACAUGGUCAGAAUUUGAAACAGUAUUUCGAAAUCGAUCUCCCUCAUCCACGCAAUCUCAACUUAGAUUCGAUCAGUUAUUACAACGAAAACAGGAGCCAUCUGAAUCCGUUAGCAUGUAUUUUGAUGAUAUUGUAUCAUUAUGUAAAGAAUCAGACUCAUCAGUGUCAGAGAAAAUCAUAGUCCAACAUCUGAUGAAUGGUAUUCGUCCCGAAUUGCCACUCUUUCGUCAUGAGCCUCCGAUCCAACACAUUGAAGUAUUCCUGAAGGCGGCUAAGAAAGAGCAAGAUAUUCAAGAAACAUUUCAAAAACUUGAUGAAUUGAAAUUUACCGAUGCAAAAUCAUACUUUGCACUUAAUCCAAAAUCAAUCCCAUUCACGCAAUGUCCAAAGGCGCAAAUCGCCUAA